UUUUCCUGAGGAAAAAAUCGAAACAAUUAUCUAAUUGGAGAUAAAGUAAAUGCAAGUUUGUUGUUGUUAACAAUUGUGUUUAAAUAGUCUUUGUGAUCGGAUACCAGUUGUUACCAGGAAAAAUGUCUUCCAAAGACAAAAGUAAGGCAAAAUUCCGGAGCUCGGACAAAGACUCCACUAAACCCCCAGGGUACGAUCAGGCCAUCUCACAGGCGCAUUACCCACAGCGAUUUGAAGGGGGGUAUAUUGGACCGUACCCCGGCCGUCAGGAGUCUUACCCCGGACCACACGCUUCCUACCCCGGCCCACAACCAACAUACCCCGGCCCACAACCAACUUACCCCGGCCCACAUGGAUCAUACCCCGGACCACAGGGGUCAUACCCUGAGCCACAAGAAUCCUUCCCCAGAGUGCCCAGUCAAUAUCAGGCACGUCAAAAUGGGCAGCCCGGACACGACUCAUCGUUUCAUGAAUUACAUAACUCCAACAUGACCACUCAAACCACUGAAAGAUUUCACGAAAGGGUCAUCAUAUCACAACCUGUUGCUCCGAAGCCGGAACCGGCAAUCAAGCCGGAGUCUGUGCCAAAACGAAAGCCGGUUACGGAAUGGAGUUCUGAUAUUUGUGAUUGUUGCGAUAACAAAACCAUGUGCUGCCGAGCCAUGUUUUGGUAUCCAUGUUUUGAAUGUGAGGUAGCCGCUAGCAUGGAUGAACCAAGAUGUCUGCCCUGUAAUGUACCAGGCUACCAGGUAGCUCUACGGACCAAACUUCGAACAAAAGAAAACAUAAAGGGUAACAUCCGCCAAGACUGUUGUAUCGCCUGCUGCUGUCCCUUCUGCUCACUGCUGCAACUGGCCAGGGAAAUCAAGUUCAGGAAACAUCUGGCCGAACAGCUCGAGAAACAACAAAAUUGAUCAUCUGCUUUUUCAAAAAAAUCGAUAUUAGGAUGUAAAAAUGAUAAUAAAUAAAUAAAAAAGUAUCAAAAUAGGAAAAGUAAAAGUAAAUUAAAAAUUAUUAUUUAAUAGAUGAACUCAUCAUUCAAGAUAUGGUUUGUGUAUAUUAUAAUGUUCACUUUCUUUGUAAUAUAAAUAAUCUCCAACGCAGAAGACCAGUAAAGAUUUCAAGGGAUACAACCCAUUAAAUGUUAAUACUCAUGAAGCUUUAAGUCAUUACCUCCCAUACAAUUACUUGAUUAUGUAAUCUCGUAAUAAACGUACUACUAAAUGC